AUGGCAUUUCCUGAAGCACUGCCUUAUAACACUGCGAGCCUUAGUUGGAAUGUUACACAUACCCUUAACGAUCAAAAUCAAUACUGUUACUGCGGAAAAGAUCGCAAUUUAAAGUUUCCAGAUGCUCAAUGUCGGACUGAUGACGGGUUUGAACAUUUGGAACGAGGAGUAUCAGCCUGGAAGGCUGUAACGGCCACUGCAAUGGCCAAUUUGGUUGUAAAGCGCUAUGACAAUAUUCAUCCUGAUUUAUCUAUCGAAGACUUCAAUGCCGCUAAUAAAAGGAAUUUUCCUGCAGACACGUAUUUCUUCAAAAAAAAAGAAGAUCUGAUUCCUUAUAUUGAAGAAAACUGGCAGCUUUUGUGUCCUGAUCGUGAAAAAGUGCAAACUUGGCAAGCAACUUUAGGAAGUUGCUUGGUUGCUAAUAAAGAUACAUACCGUGCAAGGGAUGAAUCUUUAAGAAACCAAAACUCUGAAUACGCCUUAAGCAAUCCUGAUUUAUUUAUCUUUCGCUCUGGCUACAUUGCCCCUUUCCAGAGGAUUGGCGCAACCGUUCCGAAGCGACCGUUUUCUGAAAUGGAGUCUUCGUCCCUGAUAUCAGCUAGGUUAAAAGAAGACUUUAAAGAACCAAAGAAGGAACAAAAGCGUGUAAAUAGCUCUGUGUCCAGUGCUUUUAACAAGAAAAAAGAUGUGCCUACCAUUCCGAUUCGUUACAAACCGCCUCCUUGGAAACCUUCUGAUUUUAACACUGUCCCCAAACUCCCUAGUUUUACCCCUGCAUCCUCCAACAAGUCCCAUGGUUUUUUUUCCUUGUCUGAAAUUCCUUUUAAUUCGCGAGGUUUUCGAUACACGCCUUGCGAGGCUGCCCGUGACCUCCCAAGUACAAUGUAUCGUGAAAUCGAACUACCUCCCUUUUGUGCAAGGAUUAAUUGGCAUGAUAUAUCGCCUCCCGUGUUGGUCGAUCACUCGGUGUUGUCUGCAACAGUGGAAAAGGGUUUCCGUAUGGCACGUUCAAACGUGUUUUUGACCCAGGGAGAAUGGUACUUUGAGGUCAAAGUAGAAAAAGGAGGCGGCCAUGACGGCGCUCACGUUCGAGUCGGACUUGCUAGGAGAGAAGCUCCACUGGAUGCUCCGGUUGGUUACGACGUGUACUCCUACGGACUGCGAGAUGUGGGAGGGCAAAAAGUGCACACGUCUCGGCCACGUGCUUUUAUGGAAUCUUUUGGAACUGGAGACAUUAUAGGAUUUCAUAUUUCAUUGCCCAAAAUUACGCCGAUGGAUGCUCAGGCGUCUAACAUAUACCAUGACAGGAUUCCUAUUCGUUACAGAGGACAGUUGUUUUUUGAACAGCCGGACUACGUACCGAGCAAAGCAAUGGAUGAACUACUGGUACCAAAUGAACAAAUCAAGUACAUGGAUUUGGCAUAUUUACCUGGUUCAUAUAUUAAAGUAUACAAAAAUGGCUCGUAUAUGGGAACAGCUUUUGAGAAUUUGCUAGACUUCAAUCCCCUUCAUUCUAUAAACUCUAAUCAAUAUUCAUUUAAUGACGGUUCCUUGGGUUAUUAUCCUGCCAUUAGCAUGUUUGGAGGAGGAAUUGCUAGAUUUCAAUUUGGUCCUCAAUUUUCACAUCGCCCGUCUGCGUUGGGAUCCAAUGUCCGACCAGUCUCAGAAAGAUAUAAUGAACAAAUUGCGGAAGACGUUUUAUGUGAUAUUCUUGACGAAAUCGAUUAUUCAAAUGAACCUAAUACUUUCUCGACAGAUAUUUUACCUGAACAAGAUGAAACAGGUUUAACAGUCAUUCCUGAAAUCAAAGAAAUUUUAGAAUAA